AACCGUGUGCUUGGCCUGGCGCGUUCGGGCGCGUCUCCACUGCGCCCGGUCUCUCUCUCUCGCUCUCUCUCUCUCUCUCUUUCUAUGUUCCUGGCUUAUUCGACGAGACACCCCCGUCAGCGGGCUCAGUUGCCGAUCGCACCGACGACGACGCGGUACGACGCGGCGCCUUUCAACGCACUUUUACCCGGAGUAUACACCUGACCUUCGAACCUCGAUCGUCUCGAGAAUACAAUACUCGUGGAAAGCAAAUGUUUUGACCGCAUCGAUCGAGAUAUUCGGCGCUCCGCGACGACUCCCUCGUCCAACGAUCUUCGCUCCGAAUCAGCAGACGGACUCGACAACUCGCGAGCCUCCUUCAGGCCGAAUUGACAUAAAAUUGUGCGCGAGUGGCCUCACGAUCGACAGAGCCCACCAAACAGUGCGGUGAUUUCGUGCUUAUCAUCGAAUAUAUAUAUUUCUAUAUAAAGAUCCUUGUGCGCGUGCGACUGUGUGUGUAUGUGACUAUUUUUUUAUGUAUACACGUGACUGAGGAAAGAAUGCUGCUGCUGCUGCUGCUACUGCUGAAGAUAUUCUCGGAGGAGAGAGCACUCCCGGCAGAGACUCCGGGACUGAAAGAGUGAAUGGAAACCCCGGAGCACUGGAAGGGGACCUUUCUCUCUCUCGUACCGGUAACCCGAUCCGUGCGAUCUUUCAGUGAGUUUUUAAAUAAUAGCAGUGGCUCGCAGGCAACGCUCUCUCUGUUUUUUCUCUCUCCCUCUCUCUCUCUCUCUCUCUCUCUCUCUCUCUUCCCGGAUAACCAGACGAAUGGGUCGUCGGUCCUAGCGGAUCGGGGAAACAAAUAUUCCGGGGAAGGUGCGGAGAAAAAACAUCGAAUUCGAGUGAUAAAAGCUCGAGGGAACCGGAGCAUCGAAACUGACAAACGAAUAAUUGCGCAACGAAAUUCGUCCUUUUUGUUUUGAUCGAAGGAGCGAUCGAUCGAGCGACGAAGAAGAAGCCUGAAAGAGGCCUAAUUCCACUUGUUUUUCUUUUGGCCGUCGCUCCCGAGAGCCAACGCGGUUCGUCGAGGAAAGGGAUUUGCGUGAACGCACUCCGCGUACACUGGCGGUUGACGCCCUUCGGUUGCCGUCGCAUCGGAACGAGAACCGCCGACGACGGGGCGAAUUAGCUCCGAGUAUUGGGAGCUCUUUGAUCGAUUUGGGGCAGCGAGGACCUCGUCGCGGUCAUUCCGGAAUUUCAUGGGUUACGGAGGUCUAUGAAAAGACUCGAAUGACUCGAUGAUUAAACGCGGAAACUCGUUCAACGCGUACCGAGAGUUGGCGCAGCCUUCCGAGAAACACGCCGGCCCGUCGGUAGUCGGAUCCGGACUCGUCCUCCGAAUUCUCAGUCCCCGGAGACUCGGCUCUUCCAACUGAUCGACCUGAGCCUCGAAACGAGCCCAACGAUAAAUGCAAAUCAUCAAGGAAUCAGCGAGACCCGGAAAUUGGCUACGCCUCGCAUCACCAGAGUAAAUUAAAGCGAUUCGCUAUCCCCGGCCCGCCGGGAAAGGCGCCGCCUCGAUCACAACUCAUCCGCGAUUCCAUAAAUUUAAUUCAAAAGCGAUGCAACAUUGAGUCAACCACGAUUCAACCAAAGAAGGAGCCCAAGAUGCCGCAGCGGUCGCCGUUCGCGAUCCAGGAGCUUCUGGGCCUAAACGGUACUGGGAAUGGAAACGGCGGCGGCGGAACCGGUGGCGGCGGCAGCGCCGAUCGCGGAUCCCCGCAAAACUCCCCGACCGCCGGAGUCUCCGCGGUUUCUUACGCCCCGACGGCCCCUCAUCACAAACUCUGGGACUACAUGCCCAGCCUGACGAAUCACCUUGGCAAUCUCGGCAACUUGGGCAACCUCGGCAAUCUCACUGCCUCGAGAAUGGCCUACUUGAAUGCUCAGGCUGCCGUCGCAGCCGCUUUCUUGCCUCCCCCGCACCCCCACCCGGCCCACCACGUUCCGCAUCACCAGGUGCAUCAACCUGGACAAAUCACCGGAUCCUCCGCCGUCAAUGUUCACCCUGCUGCCCACGGACAACACGUUCUUCCUGGCACCGCUGUCUCGGCCAGCCAUCAUCAACACAGUCCGAAUCAACACACCACCGCUCACGGAUUCUCACAGUCCAAGAGCUCCUUCCAGAAUUCCAGUCCCGGCGUUGGCCACAGCAUCGAGUCGGGAAAAGACUUCACCGUCGACGGCCUCUCCGGUUUCAGCAAAAAGAAGAAAAAGAAACGUCGUCAUAGCUCCAGGACGAUCUUCACGUCCCAGCAGCUGGAGGCGCUGGAGGCAGCGUUCAAGGACGCUCAUUAUCCGGACGUGUAUGCCCGGGAGAUGUUGAGCCUGAGGACCGAUCUUCCGGAGGACAGGAUACAAGUCUGGUUUCAGAACCGGAGAGCAAAGUGGCGCAAGACAGAAAAAUGUUGGGGCAGAAGUACCAUUAUGGCGGAAUACGGCCUCUACGGUGCGAUGGUCCGGCACUCGCUUCCGCUUCCGGAAACGAUCCUGAAAAGCGCCAAGGAGAACGAGUCGGUGGCGCCCUGGUUGCUCGCGCAAUCGUCUAAGACAAGCAGCUUUAGCCAAGAUUUCGAAACUAAUCAAGAACUGAUUGACUGUGGCCCCAUAGGGAUGCAUCGAAAGUCAAUCGAGGCUGCGGAGCACCUUAAAUCCGGCGGCGAAGACAGCGGCAACGAUCAAGCUGGCAGCUCCGGAAGCCCCCAUCACAAUCACCAUCCCGGGGGUCCUACGAGCUCGGAAAGUGGCCAAGAGAGUCAGGACGGAAUGGGUCCUUCCUCUUCCACAGGUGUGGUGCAGGACACGGAGCAGUUGAGGAACGAGAGCAUCGCCUGUUUGAGGGCGAAAGCUCAGCAGCAUCAGUUACAGUUGAGCUUGCAGCCGGCCGGAGGAGCAGCCGGAAGUACGUCAUAUCCGACGGGAGCUCAGCAGCAGCAGCAGCAGCAACAGCAGCCGAGUAAUUUACACGCGGCGGUUUAAUCCUCGACAGAGCAGUAACGGGAAUGAGAUUCGAUUAUGAAAAUCCGAUAGAGGAUAAGAGAAUCCAAAUCGAAUGAGGCUCGUUCGAAGACGGAGAGCAAAAAAGUGUUUUUUUUUUCCGAGCGAUAUUUUGCUUUGUUUUUCGCUGCGAAAUGUAUUCGGGGAUCGAUGAAUUUUGGUGGGGGGAAGUAACGAGAAACAAAAAGCGAAACAAAUUAUCGUGGGGCGUGAAAAAAAAAGCGAGCCGAGGCUCGCCGAGGGAGGGGGACAAAUGAGGAGACAAACGAAACUAAUGAAUUUUAGUAAUCAACGAAUGAUGAACCAUGGCCUAGAUAAAAUCGAAUAGAUUUUUUUCUUUUUCUCUCUCUCUCUCUCUCUCCCCGCAUAUUCCGGGGAGCCGAGCCUCGCUCGGCACUCCUCCCCCAAAAAGCCGAUUGAUUCGUCGAAUCGCUUGAUUUUAAAAACGAGCGCGAUUUUCGAGCCUAACCUCAACGAGUUUCGUUGUUUUAUUAUAAAUUCUUUAUUCCGCAGCGAAGCAACGAAAGCAGAUCGAAGGAAAAGUCACUCGCGGUAGACGCAGCACGUAAACAGAGAAAGAAUCACGGCGCAAUUUUGCUUCUUGUACACUUUCAACGAUUAUGAGAAUAUUUUUAUUCAAAUAUGCAAACAAACACUUAAUCAUCACAAUAAGGAGAAACGAGCUCCGCGGUGAUGUAUUUUUUGCCUGUUAUGGAACAAUGAGCGCAGCUGUGACUCGAGGGCCACGCCGCGUAACGGUCAAACUCGACGAAGCGCUGCGUUCGAUUCCCCGAAAAAGUGGGAGCGAGAGAGACAGAGACGUAAACACACAAGCGCGAUAAAUCCUCGCAAGUUUGUGAGAGUAAACACGAAAAUGUGGAAAGAGAAGCGCGCAGAAUAGCAACGAAUUAGAGAGAGAGAGGAAAAAAACACAUACAAACGAAACAUCGAAGAUAUUUGAAGGUACCUAAAAACAAAACUAAUAAACGCGACAUCGAAUACGAGAGUGGUGGGGAGGCCGCGAGGGCUCGGAGUUGUGACGAAGAGGGGAGAGAAACAAACGUAACCACGAUUCCCGAUGCCAGUACUUAAUAAAUAAAAGCGAAGCAACGACUGUUUGUAGGAGAGCAAAAGUCGCGACGUAACUGUUGUCAAAUGUGCAAUAUAUCGAUAUAAGUUUUUAGCAGAACAUUAAGUUUAACGAAAAGAUGAAACAACGCGAAUCUGGGACUCGACGAAGUGGGCGCGAGAGAUGCGACGAGAAUGUUGAGGAGGAGGCGGCAGAGGGUCGAGCAGGCGCGAUUGUCAUUGAUCAGCAACGAAUGAAGUUAAGAGGACAAAAUAAUUAAGUAAUUCAACAAAUAAAAGUACGAUUAACAAUUAUACAAAUCCGAGGAGGGGAAUCCAAUGAGAAAACAAGCUUUUCUGCAUCAUCGACAUUCAAUCGUCCGCUGUAUAUAAAUAUUAUAAAUAAACGAUACAAAAUGAAAGCAACAACAACGCGAUACGAAUACGAAAAAAACGAACAAACAAAAUAUAUAUAUUAUAUAUAUAUGAAUAUAUAAAUAUAGAUAAAAUUAUGAAUAUAUGUGGUCUCGAUGCGUCGAAAUGAAAAAUUCGUCAAGAUUUUUUUUUAUCAGUUUUUCUUUAUUCCUUCCUUUCGAAUUCGAAGCUAUGAACUUUGUACAUUGAGGUUAUAUGUGAUGAAAGAAAUACGAGAGGAGCAGAGGGGAGGGUGGGGCGGGGUGAAAAAAGAAUAAAAAUUGUAUCGUCUGACGUGUGAAAAUUUUUGAGGGGGGUGUAGAAAAAAAACGUUGUGAAUUGAGAAAUUAUUUGUGCGAAAUGAGAGGAAAAUUGCGAAGAGAGACAAAAGUGGAUAAAGAAUUUUUUAAAAGUUUUACCAAAAUUCGAGAAUCGACGCGAUUCGUUCGUUUUGACGUAAGAAAAGAGCAGAAAAAUCGGUUCUAUAACUAUAAACGCGUAUUGUAUAUAACGCGAUAUAAUUUUAAAAGAAUGAGAAAGCGAAAGCAGGAUGAUUUGAUUGCAGCGCGACAGGAAUUACCACUCGUUCUGCGCAAUACAUAUUUAAAAGUGAUGAAAAAAAAAAUGAAAAUAAUUGAAAGACAAAAAAAAGGAACAAAGAAACAGGAGAAUAUUGAAAAAUAAACAAUCAAGUACCGCAUUUUAACAGGUGAAUCCACGUUGAUGUCAACGACACUUGUACACCGACACACCCACACACUACGCAUAUAAACACACACACACACGCACACACGAAUUCGCGAAACGGAAAUACAGAUUCGAGAAAAAACUGAGAAAUUGGCAAUUUCGCGUGAGAAUGUUUUAUUUCGCAAUUCGAUUUGCCAAUUUUACUAAACGCAUGCAUAGUAGUCGACUAGUGUACGUAAAAAAAACAAAGAAAAAUAAAGUUUCUGAGAAAAAAAAACAAUAAAAUUCAAUAAAAUUCAACAAUAAAGAAUAUUAUAUUGUCAGUGA